AUGAAGGAACUCGGGACAGGCCGCUCGAGAGGGUUCGGCUUCGUGAGCUAUGAGGAUCGCGUUAGUGCGGCGACAGCCAUCAAGAAGAUGCAAGGCUACAAGAUCCUCGGCAAACGGCUGAAGGUUGAAUUCAAGAAGGGCGAGGGCGACAACGGCAAGGGCGAGGCCGAGAGGAUCGACUUUCUCGAGGAGAAAAGCAGUGGAGAUGAUGAGCGGCUGAUCGGCUACUUGAGGGCCAUCUCGGCAAAGUCUGUGGUGCAGUCCUUGAAGGCCGGUUCAAGAGCCUUCGCGUGCUGCAAGUUCUUGGCACAUGACCUACCCGUCCCUGGUUGUAAUAUUGGACGCUGCCUUUCCUCUUCUGGCAGCGCUGGUGCUCGCCAAUGGUGA